AUGCCACGAAUUCUGGGUCUAGUUUAUCUUCAUUAUACUAAUCUUGGUAUAGUUCCACCAUUUAAACAACCAAGAGUUAAAUGUAAAUAUUGUCCUCAUACUUGCAAUAAAGCUCUUAACAAAUGUGAAUUACAUUUAAAA